ACAGUUAUUAUCAUAAUUUUGUCUAUUACUUUAUGCUUGUUAAAAUGGAAUGUCUACGCUUUUUGUGAUGGGCUUUACCGACCAUGCUGUGCUGGAGAAAUGUUAAGUGAAGAAAACAAAUGUAUUGCGUGUUCGCCUGGAUACCAUGGUGCAAACUGCACAAGAGAGUGUUCCUAUCCGUACUAUGGUAGAAAAUGCCUCGAGGGUGAAUGUAAAUGUCCAGAGGAGUUGUGUAAUAUAGCAACAGGAUGUAAACAGACAACUACUGAAAUACAGUCUGUUAGCACCUCACCGGUCAAAAGUAAAGAAAGUUUGGACUAUCUCAACGCAACAUUGACGGGAUCUUCAACGCUAAACUCUGCCCAGCAAAAAGUAAAAGAUGGUGCAUCAAGCACGAAAGAAAUUUUCAAAAAUCCCAUUCUGUUGGGCAUAUUUGGAGUAAAUUUUAUUUUUCUAACACUAAUAUUGGCAUAUGUCUGCAAAAGAACAAGGAAAUGUUGUUUAUCUAAAACGAGCAAAGACAAUCAAAGGAAAAUCUCGGAUCAAAAGGCAGAGCACCAUUACGAAGAGAUAGAUCCUGUUCAGACAAAUAGUGAUAUAUCGAUCGAUUAUAGCAGAUUAAAUAUGGCAGCUCUUUAUUCUUCGCCUAAUAAUUCCCUUUCAUCUCCAGAAUCAUCAAAUUUUAACGAGAGUGGAAAGAGUACGAGUUAUUCCUAUGAUGACAUAGCCAAUGUGGGGGAGACACCUUAAAUGGCGAUAAAAUAUUGGGAUUCUCAAAGUGAGGAGUGAUAAAAUCAGAACGACUUACAUUGAGAAAAAAAUGUCAAUACAAUUAUGUGUUGUUACAGAAAACUUUUGUACAUUGUACACUGAUACAGUUUUCAUCGUGAUGCGUUGAUUGUCAAAAGUCAUUGAAAGGACUUUAUUCUGUAAUAACCAAUAUCUGCACGCAAAAUAAAACUUUGAUGGAGAUAUAAACAGUUAUCUUCUAAACAAAAGGGUUAUCCACAGGCUUGAAAAAUUACCUUUUCUCAUUAACCAUGACUCCAUGAUACGUUAUACAUGACGUCAGAAAGAUGACUUCAAUUCACAAUUUUAAUAAUUUUGAG